AUGAUCGGGGUGGGGAGCGGGCGGCGGCUGCGGCUGCCUCGAGACCAGAUCCAGCGCAUGAACCCGCCCAAGUUCAGCAAGGCCGAGGACAUGGCGGAGCUGACCUGCCUCAACGAGGCCUCGGUGCUGCACAACCUGCGCGAGCGCUACUAUUCCGGCCUCAUCUACACAUACUCUGGCCUUUUCUGCGUGGUCAUCAACCCGUACAAGCAGCUGCCCAUCUACACCGAGGCCAUCAUAGACAUGUAUCGGGGCAAGAAGCGUCACGAGGUACCGCCCCACGUGUACGCAGUGACUGAGGGGGCCUACCGGAGCAUGCUCCAGGACCGUGAGGAUCAGUCCAUUCUGUGCACCGGGGAGUCUGGAGCCGGGAAGACGGAAAAUACCAAGAAGGUCAUCCAGUACCUGGCCCACGUGGCCUCAUCACCAAAGGGCCGCAAGGAUCCCGGUGUCCCUGCCUCCGUCGGCACCAUUUCUUAUGGCGAGCUAGAGCGGCAGCUCCUACAAGCCAACCCCAUCCUGGAGGCUUUCGGCAACGCCAAGACAGUGAAGAAUGACAACUCGUCACGAUUCGGAAAAUUCAUUCGUAUCAACUUUGACGUCGCUGGAUACAUCGUGGGUGCCAACAUCGAGACCUCUGACCUGCUCCUAGAACCGUGCUCCAACUACCGCUUCCUGACCAACGGGCCCUCAUCCUCCCCUGGCCAGGAGAGAGAGCUCUUCCAGGAGACACUGGAGUCCUUGAGGGUCCUAGGAUUCACCCAUGAGGAAAUCAUCUCCAUGCUGCGGAUGGUCUCAGCCGUUCUCCAGUUUGGCAACGUCGUCCUGAAGAAGGAACGUAACACCGAUCAAGCCACCAUGCCUGACAACACAGCCGCACAGAAACUCUGCCGCCUUCUGGGACUGGGGGUGACCGACUUCUCCCGUGCCCUGCUCACCCCUCGCAUCAAGGUCGGCCGGGACUACGUGCAGAAGGCCCAGUCCAAGGAGCAGGCCGACUUUGCACUAGAGGCGCUGGCCAAGGCCACCUACGAACGCCUCUUCCGCUGGCUGGUGCUUCGCCUCAACCGUGCCCUGGACCGCAGCCCCCGCCAGGGCGCCUCCUUUCUCGGCAUCCUGGACAUAGCUGGCUUCGAGAUCUUCCAGCUGAACUCCUUCGAGCAACUGUGCAUCAACUACACCAAUGAGAAGUUGCAGCAGCUCUUCAACCACACCAUGUUCGUGCUGGAGCAGGAGGAGUACCAGCGCGAGGGCAUCCCCUGGACCUUCCUGGACUUCGGCCUCGACCUGCAGCCCUGCAUCGACCUCAUCGAGCGGCCGGCCAACCCCCCUGGACUCCUGGCCUUGCUGGAUGAGGAGUGCUGGUUCCCCAAGGCCACCGACAAGUCCUUUGUGGAGAAGGUAGCCCAGGAGCAGGGCGGCCACCCCAAGUUCCAGCGGCCGCGGCAACUGCGGGACCACGCAGACUUCAGCGUCCUGCACUAUGCUGGCAAGGUGGACUAUAAGGCCAACGAGUGGCUGAUGAAAAACAUGGACCCGCUGAAUGACAGCGUAGCAGCCCUGCUUCACCAAAGCACAGACCGGCUGACGGCAGAGAUCUGGAAGGAUGGCGGCACCCCAGGCCCUGGAGGCUUCCAGCAGUUCUCUCUCCUGGCCGCCUUCCAACCUCCGCAGCCGUUCCCUGGAUCCGCCGCAGAGAGGCAUGGCCCUGCCACUUCCCCUUCUGGGGUGGAGGGCAUUGUGGGGCUCGAACAGGUGAGCAGCCUCGGGGACGGCCCGCCUGGUGGCCGCCCGCGCCGUGGGAUGUUCCGGACGGUGGGACAGCUCUACAAGGAGUCCCUGAGCCGCCUCAUGGCCACGCUCAGCAACACCAACCCCAGCUUCGUCCGCUGCAUCGUCCCCAACCACGAGAAGCGGGCUGGGAAGCUGGAGCCACGGCUGGUGCUGGAUCAGCUCAGGUGUAACGGUGUCCUGGAGGGUAUUCGCAUCUGUCGGCAAGGCUUCCCCAACCGAAUCCUCUUCCAGGAGUUCCGGCAGCGAGCCUUCCAGAAGCGGCAGCAGCAGCAGAGCGCCCUGAAGGUGAUGCAGCGCAACUGCGCGGCCUACCUGAAGCUGCGGCACUGGCAGUGGUGGAGGCUCUUCAUCAAGGUGAAGCCGCUGCUGCAGGUGACUCGGCAGGACGAGGUGCUGCAGGCUCGGGCCCAGGAGCUGCAGAAAGUGCAGGAACUGCAGCAGCAGAGCGCCCGCCAGCUGGGCGAACUGCAGGACCGCUUGGUACAGCUGGAGGAGGAGCGCAGCCGCCUGUCGGAGCAGCUGCGGGCAGAGGCCGAGCUGUGCGCCGAGGCCGAGGAGACGCGGGGGCACCUGGCGGCCCGCAAGCAGGAGCUGGAGCUGGUGGUGUCGGAGCUGGAGGCCCGCGUGGGCGAGGAGGAGGAGUGCAGCCGCCAGCUGCAGAUGGAGAAGAAGCGGCUGCAGCAGCACAUCCAGGAGCGGAAGCUGCUGGAGGAGCGUCUGGCUGAGUUCUCCUCCCAGGCAGCGGAGGAGGAGGAGAAGGUGAAGAGCCUCAACAAGCUGCGGCUCAAGUACGAGGCCACCAUCACAGACAUGGAAGAUCGCCUGAGGAAGGAGGAGAAAGGCCGCCAGGAGCUAGAGAAGCUGAAGCGGAGGCUGGACGGUGAGAGCUCCGAGCUGCAGGAGCAGAUGGUGGAGCACCAGCAGCGGGCUGAGGAGCUGCGGGCCCAGCUGGGCCGCAAGGAGGAGGAGCUGCAGGCAGCCCUGGUCAGGGCCGAGGAAGAAGGCGGAGCGCGCGCCCAGCUGCUCAAAUCUCUGCGGGAGGCCCAGGCGGGGAUGGCAGAGGCCCAGGAGGACCUGGAGGCGGAGCGGGUGGCCCGGGCCAAGGCCGAGAAGCAGCGCCGGGACCUGGGCGAGGAGCUGGAGGCGCUGCGGGGCGAGCUGGAGGACACGCUGGACUCCACCAACGUGCAGCUGGAGCUACGGUCCAAGCGGGAACAGGAGGUGACGGAGCUGAAGAAGGCUCUGGAGGAGGAGAGCAAGACACACGAGGCGGCCGUGCAGGAGCUGCGGCAGCGCCAUGGCCAGGCAAUCGGGGAGCUGUCCGAGCAGCUGGAGCAGGCCCGGCGGGGCAAAGGCGCCUGGGACAAGACCCGGCUGGUCCUGGAGGCCGAGGUGGCGGAGCUGCGGGCGGAGCUGGGCAACCUGCAGGCGGCCCGGCAGGAAGGCGAACAGCGCAGGCGCCGCCUGGAGUCCCAGCUGCAGGAGGUGCAGGGCCGGGCUGGCGAUGGGGAGCGUGCCCGGGCGGAGACUGCUGAGAAGCUGCAGCGUGCCCAGCUGCUGGCGGAGGAGAAGGCCGCCGUGCUCCGGGCUGUGGAGGAGCGGGAGCGGGUGGAGGCUGAGGGCCGGGAGCGUGAGGCCCGGGCCCUGGCCCAGACACAGGCCCUGGCAGAAGAGCAGGAGGCCCGGGAGGAGGUGGAGCGGCAGAACCGGGCCCUGCGGGCGGAGAUGGAGGCCCUGCUGAGCAGCAAGGAUGACGUCGGCAAGAGCGUGCAUGAGCUGGAGCGAGCCCGCCGGGUGGCCGAACAGGCAGCCAGCGACCUGCGGACCCAGGUGACGGAGCUGGAGGACGAGCUGACAGCAGCCGAGGACGCCAAGCUGCGCCUGGAGGUGACCGUGCAGGCCCUCAAGGCCCAGCAUGAGCGAGACCUGCAGGGCCGAGACGAGGCCGGUGAAGAGAGACGCCGGCAGCUGGCCAAGCAGCUGAGGGACGCCGAGCUGGAGCGGGAUGAGGAGCGCAAGCAGAGGGCGAUGGCGGUGGCCGCCCGCAAGAAGCUGGAAGCGGAGCUGGAGGAACUGAAGGCUCAGACGGCGGCCGCGGGGCAGGGCAGGGAGGAGGCCGGGAAGCAGCUUCGCAAGAUGCAGGCCCAGAUGAAGGAACUGUGGCGGGAGGUGGAGGAUUACCGCACCUCUCGGGAGGAGAUCUUUGCCCAGAACAAGGAAAGCGAAAAGCGCCUCAAGGGGCUGGAGGCCGAGGUGCUGAGGCUGCAGGAGGAACUCGCUGCUUCAGACCGUGCCCGGCGUCAUGCCCAGCAGGAGCGGGACGAGAUGGCGGAUGAGGUGGCCAGCGGCAACCUAAGCAAGGCAGCGCUUCUGGAGGAGAAGCGGCAGCUGGAGGUGCGCCUGGGGCAGAUGGAGGAGGAGCUGGAUGAGGAGCAGAGCAACGCAGAGCUGGUCAACGACCGCUACCACAAGCUGCUCCUGCAGGUGGAGUCCCUGACCACGGAGCUGUCAGGGGAGCGCAGCUUCUCUGCCAAGGCCGAGAGUGCUCGGCAGCAGCUGGAACGCCAGAUCCAGGAGCUCCGGGGGCGCCUUGGCGAGGAGGACGCUGGGGCCCGAGCUCGCCAGAAGAUGACCAUCGCUGCCCUGGAGUCUAAGCUGGCCCAGGCUGAGGAGCAGCUGGAGCAAGAGACCAGGGAGCGCAUCCUGUCAGGCAAGCUAGUGCGCCGAGCGGAGAAGCGUCUCAAAGAAGUGGUGAUUCAGGUGGAGGAGGAGCGGCGAGUGGCUGACCAGCUUCGGGACCAGCUGGAGAAGGGGAACCUCCGCGUGAAGCAGCUGAAGCGGCAGCUGGAGGAGGCCGAGGACGAGGCCUCGCGGGCUCAGGCCGGCCGCCGGCGGCUGCAGCGGGAGCUGGAGGACGUGACCGAGUCCGCCGAGUCCAUGAACCGAGAGGUGACCACGCUGAGGAACCGGCUCCGGCGUGGACCCCUCACUUACACCACCCGCACCGUGAGGCAGGUCUUCCGCCUGGAGGAGGGCGUGGCCUCCGAUGAAGAGGCUGAGGUGGCGGAGCCAGGGGCUGGGGUCCCACCCCAGGAACCUGAUGGGCCCGUGCAGGCCCCACCCCAGUGACCCCACCAGCCACGCUAACUGGAUGGCCCAGGGCCCUUACCUCCCUCCUGGCUCCUUCCCAGGUGCUCUGUCUUCAGACCAGCCCGCUGGCUUCUUGCACUUGGGAGCAGGUACCCCGCUCCAGCACACCAGCUCUUCUGAUCCCCAUCCUGGGUCCCUAAGACCCUCGUCAGCUGACUCCCAAAGCCAGAGGAGCAGGCUCGGGCAGGGAUGCAAGGACUGGGGACCAGCGGGUCCGAGGACAUCUGGGUGCCGGCCUUCCUCUAGUUGUUCACAGUGGGCACUAGGAGCAGUGCCACGAGCUCCCUGCCCCCUCACCAGCCGGCUGACACUGUGCUUAGCUGCUAACGUGCUUACUGCUAGCAUUGCUUUGUUUGGAACAAAGAGCUGUUAGUUCGAAUGCACUCACAGGUCACCGUGAGAACAAGGCCAGGAAGAUCUGUCCCCAGAGACUUAGAGGUUUGAAAACCCGAGGGGGCAGCUUCCUCCACCCUACAGGGUGGCUGAGUCAGAAUUGACUCUCAGGCCGACAGUCGCCUCUGGCUGGCUGUCUAUACGGCUUAGCGCUGCUAAGCUCAAGCUCCGAGGGAGGGAGAAAGCCCCAACUGUCUGCCCCCGAGGGACACCCAAGGGGACACUGCUACUUGGUCAUUUCCUCUGUGAGUCAGAAACCACCAUCCCCCUCCAUCUCCCACCCCUUCCUGGAGCCGCUACCCCAAUCUUUCUGCGUGACAAAGCUAGGAGUCCUUCCAGCCUCCCUCAGGCUCUGGCUGGAAUAAAUACCCCCCGCAGCUGGC